AUAAUCAUAUAUAACCUCUCAAAUUUUUGAUCUUGAAAGAAUUAAGAUGGUCCUCCCAUCUUCAACUCAAAUAAUAACUAAAACUUACAACUUCUUAUUAAAAAAGUUAUUGGCCUAGCUAAUAUCAAAAGAUCACCAACACUAAAAAAAAUGGCUACCUUUGUUGCUGCUCUUUCAACUAACUCCCUCAUCUCAUCCUCUUCACUUCAACAAUCUUUCAUCAAUGCCAACAAUCCUUCCCAAACACUCCCACCAUUUUCACUUCCUUCUUCUUGUUUUUCUUCCUCCAACUCCUCCUUUUUCUCCCCUCUAAUUAGCCCCUUACAUUCAUCAAAUCGCGCUGUUUCACCUCUGAUCUUCAGAAACAGCAGCAAUGUUUGCAGUAGUGGCUUCACCAGCAUCAAUGCCAGUACUUCUACAGAUAAGAAAAAGGUGCUUAUUGUUAACACCAACAGUGGUGGUCAUGCUGUUAUUGGUUUCUACUUUGCUAAAGAGCUUCUGGGUUCUGGUCAUCAAGUUACAGUUUUUACUGUCGGAGAUGAAGGCUCUGACAAGAUGAAAAAGCCCCCCUUCACCCGCUUUUCUGAAAUUACGAGUGCCGGAGGAAAGACGGUCUGGGGAAAUCCUGCAGACAUUGGGAAUGUAGUUGGAGGAGAAGCCUUUGAUGUGGUGCUAGAUAACAACGGGAAAGACCUUGAAACUGUCAGCCCUGUGGUAGAUUGGGCAAAGAGUUCAGGAGCAGAACAAUUUCUGUAUAUUAGCAGUGCCGGAAUAUAUAAUUCUACAGACGAACCUCCUCAUAUUGAAGGGGAUGCUGUUAAAUCUAGUGCCUCCCACGUUGCAGUAGAGGACUACAUUGCUAAAACAUUCGGUAGCUGGGCAGUCUUCCGUCCACAAUAUAUGAUUGGAUCAGGAAACAACAAGGACUGUGAAGAAUGGUUCUUUGAUCGGAUUGUCCGAGACAGGCCAGUUCUGAUCCCCGGGUCAGGAAUGCAGCUAACAAACAUAAGCCAUGUAAAGGACUUAUCAUCAAUGCUUACAGUAGCAGUUGAAAACCCAUCAGCAGCAAGCGGAAACAUAUUCAACUGUGUAAGUGAUCGAGCAGUGACCCUCGAUGGAAUGGCCAAACUCUGUGCUAAAGCAGCUGGACUUCCUGUCAAAAUCCUGCAUUAUGAACCAAAGGCAGUCGGAGUUGAUGCCAAGAAAGCCUUCCCUUUCCGCAACAUGCACUUUUACGCGGAGCCAAGAGCAGCACAGGAUAUCCUAGGAUGGAAGGCUACUACCUAUCUUCCGGAAGAUUUAAAGGAGCGGUAUGAGGAGUAUGUUAAGAUUGGAAGAGAUAAGAAAGAUAUCAAGUUUGAGAUUGAUGAUAAGAUACUUGAAGCACUCAAUGUAUCUGUAGCAUGAUCCUAUUCUGACAGUAUGUUCUAUACAAAAACUUGUAAGGGUCCUCUUGUAAGGGAGUGAAUGAUGCAAAUUUUGGCCAAAAAAGAUUUCAUGUAUGUAAUAACUAUAAUCUAACUUCUUGAGUGUCUUUAUAAAAUAUACAUGAGCUUCAAGUUUGA